GUAGCUGCACAUAAUGGUCACAGUUAUCUGUUAGGCGAUUGGAGUGGUAACAGAACUGUUGAACGUUAUGAUCCUCAGCGAAAUACAUGGUCUAAAUCUAAGAUUUGCUCUUUGCAUGGCUAUGGUUAUAAAUGCCUACCGCUAGACAAUGCUGGCAAGACAUGUGUAUCAGUCUAUGACAAGGAAGAUGACCGUUGGGGCCAAAGGUGCGCAUAACC